AUAAUUAAUAGCUUCUUUUUUUGAAAUAUAAUGACUAUUGAAUCGGUAGUUGACUUUGGCGUGUUGCCCAAGAUCUACUCAGUCAAAGAAAGAGAAAAGUACCUUAAAACGCCUUUUAUUGUCCAGGUGAUUAACUUGAGACACUAUGAGGGAAAAUCUAGGGUCAUUUUGUAUGAUGGCAAGUAUAACAUGCACGGGUUGUUAGAUAAGUCUCUUGUCGACAAAUUAGAGGGACAGGGCUUCCAGAAGACUUCGGUCAUAAAGAUCUUGGCCCACUCAUGCUUUGAACCAGAAAAAUUCUACACUUUGAUCGAUGACGCUGAAGUGGUUUUGCCUAAGUAUGAAAGUGAAGCUCAUGACACCAUCAAGAUUGCUGAAUAUUUCAAUCAAAACCCUCAAGAAAACUUCUUCAAGAGCAAGAAGGAACAACCUCAACCGGCCGCUGCCCCUUCCAAGCAAAGCUCAGCUGCUGAUGAAUUUCAGGGUCAAAGAAUUAGCUCAAUUGAACUGUUGUCACCUUACCAGAACAAUUGGGUCAUAAAGGCAAGAGUUUCAUUCAAGGGUGAUCUUAGAACCUGGCACAACGCGAAGGGUUCUGGAAAGUUGUUCAAUGUCAACUUUUUGGAUGACUCAGAUGAAAUCAGAGCCACUGCGUUCAACGAACUUGCUGAAAAGAUGUACGAAACUUUACAAGAAGGUAAAGUUUAUUACAUUAGCAAGGCUAGGAUUCAAGCGGCCAAACCUCAAUUCUCCAGAUUGAGUCACCCAUACGAAUUGUCUUUGGAUAGAGACACUAUUGUCGAAGAAUGUUUCUCUAACAAUGGUAAUGUGCCAAAAUUGAAAUUUAACUUCACUAAGUUGAACCAGAUUCAAAGUGCCGAACCAAACACGGUAAUUGAUGUUGUUGGUGUCUUGAGAGAGGUGAAGCCUGCGUUUCAAAUCACUUCCAAAAGCACUGGAAAGCCAUUCGAUAGAAGAGACAUCGAUAUCGUCGAUGACUCAAACUUCUCUAUCACCGUCGGAUUAUGGAAUGCCACUGCAAUUGACUUUAACUUGAGUGAAGGCACAGUCAUUGCUUUUAAAGGCUGUAAGAUCCAAGAUUUUGGAGGUAGAAGUUUGACUUUGACUCAAACUGGAUCAAUCUUACCAAACCCAGACGCACCCGAAGCCUAUCAAUUGAAGGGUUGGUACGAUAACCAAGGGUCGAAUGAAACUUUCCAAACUUUGAAGGCAGACAACGCUGGCUCCGCUAACUAUAUAAAGAACAGAAAGACCAUUGCUCAGGUGAAAGAAGAGAACCUUGGUGCUCAAGAACAGCCUGAUUUUUUCAGUGUUAAAGCAACUAUUAAUUUUUUCAAGACUGAAACUUUCUGUUAUCCCGCCUGUGUUAACAAACAAGAGGCGAGCAAUAACCUUUGUAACAGAAAGAUUAUUGACCAAGGUGAUGGUACUUGGAGGUGUGAAAAGUGUGAUAUUAAUUAUAGUGAAGCUACCUACAGAUAUAUUUUGAACUGUUCAAUAAUGGAUGCUACUGAACAGUUAUGGGCCACUUUGUUUGAUCAGGAGGCCAGCAAAAUCUUUGGCGUUAGUGCCAACGAAUUGCUAGUGUUGAAGGAACUGAACGAGGCGGAAUUCAAGAAAGUUGUUGAGGCAGUUACUAUGAAAGAAUUUAGUUUCAGAUUGAAGGCCAGGCAAGACAGCUACAACGGUGAAUCUAGAAUCAGAUACCAAACAAUGGCUGUUUACGAUAUAGACUUUGCUGCUGAAUGUGAUUUCUUGGUCAAGGAGUUGGAGGCCGUUUUGUGAAUGUGAGAGGAAAAGAGUCAAAACGAAAAAAAUUGUAUUAUUUGUUGGUUCAUUUUGUUUAUAUGUUUACUUGAUGAAUGAUAAUGUUUUCGAAUGGGAAACCUAGUAGUUUUUAGAAUUAAACUCUACAAGUCCAUUAACUUGUAACCAGAAUUUUUUUAAAACCUCGUUCGCCAGCCUUUGUCCUCUAGUCAAAAGGAGCUUGUCAAUAAACAACUUCUUGUCAUGGUCAUUAACGUGUUUCCAAUUCAUAUUUGGUAAUAUUUCCAUUAACCAAUUCUUAACGAAUAGUUGGUAUUUGGAGAUGAGAGAUCGAAAGACCAAAUAGUAGCAUUCUAAAGAAGACCGGGAGUUAUUCAAAAAAGAGCUGAGUAACUCUUGAAGCAACAAUCUACCUAAGCUCUGCUGAAAUAUAUUCUGAACCAACUCUUGAUCUUGUUGGCUGCCUCUUUUCAAGAGUAUUACUGCAGUCCAAAAUUUCAGUAAUGACUUUAUUAUGCUUACUUCAUUUGACUUGAAAAGGUUCACGCUAUAAUGGAGAACUUCAACAAAAAGAUUAACAUUGGAAUAAAGGAGCAAAGAUGGCUUCUUGUCUAACAUGCUAGUAAAAACAUCAGUUGAGCUUGACAACAUAUCCGGAUCACUGUUGCUAUCAUGGUCUUUGAAAUGGGGUAUAAACACAUUAGUCAAUAGGUCAUUAACUGUAAGUUCAUCCAAUAAUUUGUAGUUGGUCAAAGUGAUGGUUUCUAUUAGUUUGAAGAUAUGGUACAAUGAGUUUGCAUCACAAUGCCUGAUUUUCAAUGCCAAAUAUUCAAAGAUUACUGGCAAGUCAAAUUUGAAGGGAUUAUGUAUUGGCUCAUUCAAUCCUGUUUUAAAGAUUUGACAGCAUAUUUCUGUUAUAGUUGAUUUGUUCAGAAAAGGCUGAAAAUCAAUGGAGUACUUUCUUAUGAUGCUCAA